AUGCCCACACAAACACGCUUCCUCUAUAGUAUACUAGCAACACUUAUCUUCCUCCUUUUCACAACUCUUGGUAUCAUAUACACAUCAACCGGCAGCUUAGCCAGUCUCUCCCAAAAGUUCCACAUACAUGUUUGUCCAAGCGAGCCUCGAUCUACACCUCCAAUCAUCCGGAAAUUCCAAGCGUUGACUCCGUUACUGGGUGCUAAAUCUGAUGGCUCUCUACUUCAUGAUACAAAUCGCUCAUGGGAAUCCCUUCUUCUCCCCGAGAACGGCGGUAUUCUGAAGGUCCGGACGGAUAACAACACCAUUACCGACUACGGGAUCUCCAUGUUCCAUCAGCUUCAUUGCCUAACUGUUCUUCGGGGGCUGAUUUUCCCUGAAACCUCUCAGCAUCACGGUGUUUCGACCUCGCCGUCACAUUCGGGUGAUGAGCACGAAGACGCAGUGCACUGGGCUCAUUGUUUUGAUUAUAUUGCCCAGUCCAUAAUAUGUGCAGCAGAUGGUACUAUAGAGCCACCUCAUCCAGCGCUUAAUAAAGAUGGGAACCGAAUCCUCGUCAUCGAUGGGAUUGGGCAUGCCCAUCAAUGCAGGGACCCGGAGCCGUUAUGGAGGGCUGUUCGAGAUAGUGGGAGUAAUCCCGUUUAUCUUUCUGAAGUGAAGGAUACUGUCGGCCAUAGUGAGUUUCCUCUAAAGGAGGAAGCUACGUGCCAGAGUGCUUGUUCGAUGCCAGAGCCAUACCGGAUUGAAUGA